UGUUAUAGUCUACAGACAUUGACAAAGUUUUUAUGUUUCAAAGGUGAUUCUUGUUGCAACCCCUUGAGCAUGGGAUCAAUCAAGUCUAUGCUAGAGAAGAAGGUUGGAAAUGGGGUCUAUGUGAGAUCUUUAAUGAUUGGCGACAAUCUAAUGCAGGAUGUUGAGAAUGGAUUUUUGUUGAAUGCCAAUACCCAAGUUGACAUGGUGUGCAAAAAGAUUGCCUCUGAUCCAAAAUUAAAGAACGGUUACAAUGCACUUGGAUUUUCACAGGGAGGCCAGUUUUUACGUGCAGUUGCACAGAGAUGUCCAUCACCUCCAAUGAUCAAUUUAGUGACGUUUGGUGGCCAACAUCAAGGUGUUUUUGGGUUCCCGCACUGCCCUGGAGAGAACUCCAGUCUUUGCGAUUACGUGAGAAAGUUGCUAGAUUACGGAGCCUACAUCGGUUGGGUUCAGGAGCACCUUGUGCAAGCUGAGUAUUGGCAUGAUCCUACCAAGGAACAAGAAUAUAAGGAGAAGAGUAUUUUUCUGGCAGAGAUCAACCAAGAAAAGGAAUUCAAACAAAGCUAUAAGACAAACUUGAUGAAACUGAAGAACUUCAUUAUGGUGAAAUUUCUUAAGGACACGAUGGUAGACCCAAGGGAAAGCGAGUGGUUCGGUUAUUAUGUGCCUGGUCAAGCCAAAGUAACACAACGCUUACAGGAUACAGACCUCUACAAAAAGGAUCUUCUUGGAUUGCAAGAGAUGGACAAGGCGGGAAAGUUGCAUUUCUUGGCAUCUGACGGAGAUCACCUGCGAUUCACGGAACAAUUCUUGGAGGAGAAGAUUAUCAACCCAUUCUUGAAGUGAUUGACGCCUUCGCAGAACACGCAGAAAACCUGCGUGUUGUUGUAAUCAACGCAACUGAUGAUUGAAGAUUUUCCAAUAGACUUGAGCCAGAUCCCACUGAAACAAAUUCACUUAUAUUUAACCUAUGCAAUAAUUCCAUCAAAUUACACUAUUGCAGUCUUAAAUUUCAUGGUUUUAUACACAAACGUGCGAUUUUGCUUUGUGAAUUUUGUUAAUUAGCACUAAAUUGCCCCUCUAUUUGUUUGGUGGUUGCCCUUUGAUGGGUAGAAGAAUACAAGUAUGGGCAAAACUGACUGUAAUUUUGAAAUCGAUAUGUUUAUUAACAUUCAUCCAGUGUCCUGCA